AGAGGAGCUGGCUGCAACCUUCCACAGAAGGUGACAGCUGGGAGACGUACCACCAACCACACGGUUUUUCUAUAUGCGGACUACAAGUAUGGGUUUUCCAGGUGUUUUUUUCUUCAGAUACAUUUUCAAACGCAUACUCUUUACCUGAGAGGAUUCGAGGAGUCACUUAUUGUGCUUUAGUUUCAUUUCGCUCACAUACAGUUGUACGUUUGUUGGAAAAGUUGACGGCUUUAAAGUGUUAAACAUGUUCAGUAAUUUCAUGCUUUCAUUUUAAUUCUUAAUAGUUUUUAGGCUUUUUUUUUUAUUUUUUUCUCUCUCUCGAGGAUAGGCUACUGCAGACUACAAUGUACAAGUUAGGCUGAACGGCAUUCACUUCUUGACCAAAAAACACCUGUUCUAUUUCGAGGCUUAAUUAACAAUAAGAGCAGACGCACAUUAUGUCACAAGCGGAGGUUGACAUGGCUGGACUUGGUUUUGGGAAAUUACCUGCCGGGUUCGAUGCCAACUCCUUCCCUGGACGAAUACCACCGAGGCGCAGGAGACAUUCUGCAAACUCCAGAAGAAACUCAUACAAACUGAACAAAAUUAACACUUUCGAUUUCGAACCGCAAGUUUCCGACCCACCACUCUCCAAAACUCUUUCCUGGUCUGCCGAUGACAUUCUAGCAGAAACUGCGGCUGAGGAGAGGAAAGCGGACUCGUCUCCACCGGUGUCGCCUGCAUCGAGCCCCGGAACGAGCACCAGCUCUCCUCUCUGUAACCAACCAUCCCACCCGGUAUCACCUCUAGACACAUGGACCGUUGGAAAACCAACUUCCUGCGCUCUGAGCACAAGUUCGGAUUCCGAGGCGGAAAUUACUCACAAAAAAGUAGUUUUAUCUCGAGCUCCCUUCCAAAGCAAAUGGGAUCAAGACGAGAAGGAUGAAAUUGAGACCAAAGCGGUGGCCACCUCACCCGAUGGAAGGUUUCUCAAAUUCAACAUUGAGAUAGGGAGGGGGUCGUUCAAGACCGUCUAUAAAGGCCUGGACACGGAGACGACAGUGGAAGUGGCCUGGUGUGAACUGCAGACGCGGCGGCUGACGAAGGUGGAGCGUCAGCGCUUCAGCGAGGAGGUGGAGAUGCUGAAGGGGCUGCAGCACCCCAACAUCGUCCGCUUCUACGACUCCUGGAAGUCCACGGUCAAAGGUCACAAGUGCAUCCUCCUGGUCACCGAGCUCAUGACCUCGGGAACGCUCAAGACGUAUCUGAAGAGGUUUAAGGAGAUGAAACUGAAGUUGCUUCAGCGCUGGAGUCACCAGAUCCUGAAGGGCCUCCACUUCCUGCACACCAGGGCCCCGCCCAUCAUCCACCGCGACCUGAAGUGCGACAACAUCUUCAUCACCGGCCCCACCGGCUCCGUCAAGAUCGGAGACCUGGGAUUGGCCACGCUGAAGAGCGCCUCCUUUGCCAAGAGCGUCAUAGGUACUCCAGAGUUCAUGGCUCCAGAGAUGUACGAGGAGAGGUACGACGAGGCAGUGGACGUCUACGCCUUCGGCAUGUGCAUCCUGGAGAUGUGCACCUCUGAGUACCCCUACUCCGAGUGCCAGAACGCCGCCCAGAUCUACCGCAAGGUCACCGGCGGCAUGAAACCAGAUAGCUUCUACAAAGUCAAAGUCCCUGAGCUAAAAGAGAUCAUCGAGGGAUGCAUCCGCAUGAACAACACCGAGAGGUACACCAUACAGGACCUGCUGGAGCACACGUUCUUCCAGGAGAACAACGGCGUCCGCGUGGAGCUGGCCGAGGAGGACGACACGGUCAAGUCGGGCCUGAAGCUGUGGCUGCGCAUGGACGACACCAAGAAGCUGCACGGGAAGUACAAGGACAACAACGCCAUCGAGUUCCUGUUCGAGCUGUACAAGGACGUGCCCGAGGAGGUGGCCCAGGAGAUGGUGGUGCUCGGCUUCGUCUGUGAGGCCGACUUCAAGCUGGUUGCCAAGGCGAUCCGCGACCGGGUCACCGCCAUCAAACGGCAGCGGGAGAAACAUCGGCGCCUCGCCCAGGAGGCCCUGCGUUCCCGACAGGAAACCGUCAUCGAGGAGGAGGAGCCUGAGCCAGCCCCCGCCCCCAAACCUCCCUUGGCCCCUCCCACGCAGUCCCCCAGCCCCGCCCAGCCUCGCACACAGACUCCUCCCACGCUGACUGUGUCGGGCCCCGCGGUGUGGCCCCUCGACGGCUCAGUGGACUCGGGCCUCAACGCCAGCCUCGCGGCCGAGGCCGGGGAGCCGGACUCCCAGCAGAGGCAGCACUACAACAUCCGCUCGGCCUCCUACAACUCCUCCGCCACCUCGGACUGUGAGACAGACGGCUACCUGAGCUCCUCAGGUCUACAGGAGCCGGGAGAAGCCCCGCUCUUUCCCGGAAGCCACGCCCCCUCCGCCCUCCCCGCCGCCGUCCCACCCGUUCCGCCAACCGUUGAAGCGCCUCACACGGAAACUCCGCCCGCUGAGGCCCCGCCCACGGCGGCUCCACCAAUCCCUGCUCUGCGCUUCCCCACGAGCAUCGCCGUGUCCCACAAUGCCGAGCGGCUCCAGUCUGGAUCUGCCAGUGGUUUCUCCUCGCCGGUGGACAGCUACGCCUCCGAUGUGACGUCCGGGUUGAGUGACGGUAACGAGGGCCAAUCAGAGAGGAGUGCCAAGGGCGCCAGCAAGCGCACAGGCGCCAAGCUGUUCAGGAGGAGAGCUCGCUCCCGCCUUCGGAUCACUGGGUUGUCAGACAAGGUUGAUCGCGUGGUGGAGUGCCAGCUUCAGACACACAACAGCAAGAUGGUGACCUUUAAGUUCGACCUGGAUGGAGACAACCCUGAAGACAUUGCAGCUGUCAUGGUGUUUAAUGAGUUCAUCCUGCCCUCGGAGCAGGAGGGCUUCAUCCACCGCACGCGUGACAUCAUCCGCAGGGCGGAGGCCCUGAUGAGGUGUGGCGAGCCCCUGGGGCCGGUGGAUGCCCUCCCUUACCUCAGUGGGGUUGGCCUGCUCUCUGGCUCACAGCCCAACCUCACCACUCACGGUCUGGCACGAACACACUCCUCCUCGUCUCUACCGGACUAUGCAGCUGCCGAUAUUGGUCAGGUGACCCGGGGCUCCUCCCCCUCACCAGGAGGAGACUUCUACCUGGACCCUGAGGCCCUGCCCCCGGUCCGCGCCCUCCGCUCCCAAUCCUUCCACACCUCCUCAGGUUCUUCCCAGACCUACAACCCUCCACCCUCCCAGUACCUCCAGUACUCCCACCCGGACGCCCUGCCUCCGGUCAACCACCUGCCCCCCCAGUACCCCACACCUCCCCACGCCCCCAGCACCCACACCCCUUACCCCUACCAGCACCCCCACGCCUCCUCCACUCCCUCCCUCGCCCCCCAGAGCCUCCCCCGUUUCCUCAGCAACCCCAACCUCUCCUCCCCCUCGCCCUCUUCCUCCCUCACCCCCUCCUCCUCCCUCUCCCUCACGCCCUCCUCCUCCACCUCCUCGCCAAGUCAGGCAGGUGGAGGUGGAGAGGGGCUGGCCGCAGGGGGUGAGGUCAACCUCCUGUCCGCCGCCCCCCUGCCACAGCAGACUCCAGGGCUGUGGUCCUCCCACAACCAGCCCCUCUUCUCCCUGGCGAACGUGUUGUCCCUGGCCAUGAGCGUGGCUCAGUCCUUCAUGCCUCCCACCACCAUGGCCAGCGGGGGGCCCCAGGCCUUCCACCCCCAGCCCAGUCCCUACGGCCACCCCCUGUUCUCCCCCCAGCCCCGGAUGAUCCAGCCUGACGGCUCCUACCCCCACCCCCAGGGGGCCCCGGUUGCCGUCAGCCAGUACCUGGACAUGUACCAGCAGCUGGCUGAUGCCCAAGCCCAGAUGCAGGCCGGGAGCCAGGGCUUGAUGAACGUGGGAGUGGGUUCGGGGGCGCCCCCCGCUGGUGGGGUGGUUGCGGAGGAGCUGAGCUCAGCUCCGGGCUCCAGACCGGAGGUGUCCAGCUGCUCCAGUCUGUCUCCUCCAGGCUCCACGGUCAGCCCCCAGACGUCCCCCGACAUGGGGCCCAGAGGAAGGCCCCACGAGCGGGCAGACGGCUCCUCCUCUUCCUCCUCUUCCUCCUCCUCCUCCUCCUCCUGUACCUCCCCAGACUCCUCUGCUACACCUAGUCCACAGAGCACGGUAUCCUCGCCCAGUCCUAGACCGUCCUCACCUUUGACCCUGUCAGACCCGGGGACCAGCACCCAAAAAUACAGACUGUCGCCUAUCACCGAGGAGGGGAAGCCUGUCGUCACUGUGGGUCGUUUCCAGGUGACUCCCAGCACAGACAUCCCCGCCGCCUCCCCUGGCCCCGCCCAGAUCCAACAAGACACGCCCCCGCCACAACUCACCCCGCCCACCCCCACCCAGGACGCCCCUCCUCUCCCUCCCCAGCAGGACAGCGAAUCGGACAGCAGCGGCACGGUGGAGCACGGCGAAUCAGAGAACGGCAUCAGCGCGGUGGCCCUGUCCCCGCCCCGGCAGGCCCCAACCGGCCCUCCGAGUAACCCAGACCACCGCAGCGCCCCCUGCCGUCCAGGAGGUCCCAGACUCCCCGAGCAGGAGGAGGAGGAGGAGCGGGAGGGCGAGGGGGCGGAGGAGGAGGGGGAGGAGGGAGAGAGGCGGCGGGGAGGCCGGAAGCUCAGCCUCAGCCUGUGGGAGGGCUCGGCGGGGAGCCCCCAGUUCAGCGGCAGCAACCUCCACCAGCCCUGGGUGAGCUACAUGCGCAGCACCUCCUACGCCAGCAGCGACGACACGGAGAGCGAGGAGGAGAAGUCGUGGGACGAACUGCAGGAGCUCCGGGAGAGACACCUGUCGGAGGUGCAGAACCUGCAGGACACUCAGAAGAGGGAGAUCGAGGAGCUGUAUCACAGGAUGGGCAAGGUGCCCCCCCUUGGCAUCGUGUCGCCGGCCGCCAUGCUGAACAUCCGCCAGAGACGCCUGUCCAAAAGCAGCAACUACGCCCCCUCCCGCCGGAACAGCCUGCAGAGACCGGACAUACUGCCCCCUGCAGGGAUCAUGAGGAAGAACUCUGUGAGCGGCAGCAGCAGUGGUUCCCAGGAGAGGGCAGGUAAAGGAGUGAACUUCGCCCCGGACUACAGCCCGAUGGUAAGCCUCACCCCCGCAUGAUCCAUGACGGAGUGUGUGCUGGUUCUGUAGACCACAGAGAGUCCCCCAGUGCCAUGGGUGACCCAGGGGAGACCAGGGGUGGCCCAGGGGUUAGAUGGAGGGUGAUGGACACUGGACUGAUGAACCCUGUUCCUGAGACCCACCUGGAACACAGAGACACCCCAGGAUGGAGGGAUGGAUCAGAGGGGAGAUUGUCUUCACCGCAUCACCAGACAGACACAGCCAUACUAGUAUCUCGUACAGGAAACUCCUCAUGAUGCAGAAGCCUGUGCACCACAGUGGCCUGGCCAGUCAAUGUGUGGAUAUCUGACACUAGCUGGUGGCCAUGGCCAAGUUGGGAACCAUGACAGUGACUGAUCAUGUGUCCAUGGCUAGGGAGGAAAGAAAGGACAUCGGUGUGAACAGGGUUCGAAAUGACACAUGACUUUUGGGGAAGGGGUUACCUAAGUCAUCAGUAAUUGUUGAAUUUUUUACUUGUUAACUUAUCCAUAUCUUUUCCACUUUUUAAUGUUUCGAAAUCAUGUUUGGAAUUUGAACAUUCUGAACAAUAAUCUUAGAGUAGCCUACCUGCUAUUCACUCCUAAAAAUGACAUCAACCCCUACUUGAUGUGUUUCCAACGUUGUGUGACCCCCUCAAAAUAAAAGUACUAAUUAGGACGAGGGGUUUCCGUCUAGACUAAACGGCGUGUCUCGGACCCCAACCCCCCCUCAUUUUGAACCCUGAAAGUGUGCCUUGUGUAUCCUUCCAGUUUUACUGCCUUGUGUGUCUUUGGUAAUGUAGUCGAAUGCAAGACGGCCCAUCGACCCAUCCUCCCGUCUUGUUGCUCCAGCUUUUCAGCGUCACCAAAUAGAUAUUGCGUGUUGAGAAUAGAUAAGAGCACAAUCGGAUGGACCGAGACAAUCCACGUCCGCGUCGCUCUAACCGUGUAAGCCAUUGUCACUUUAUCGUGUCCGCAAACACUCCAAGCCUUAUUGUGUUGUUCAGCUGUGUAUCUAACGCCUAUUCUAGCGCUGCCUUUCCCUUAGGUGUACAGUGGAUGAUUCUUUCUGUACUGUUCUUACUUUUUAAAAACUAAACAUUGAUUGACACAUUGCACUUUUCUGAGGGUAGGUUUAUAACCAAUUAUUGAAGGACAAAUCAUCAAUCGAUGUACAGCACAGAACCCUUGUUUGCUUUGAAAUCAGUACUGCCUAUGCAUUUCUAAUGUUGUUGAAUAAUUGAUUUCUGACAGACAAGACUAAUCAAACUGAAACUGUGAAUUUGAACCAGUUGCCUUAAGUAUGCACAUAUUAAAAUGCAUAAAUCAUUGAACUAGUUGUAUUCUUGCAAGAAACCAACUUGACAAGACUAUGUGAAUCUGUUUCGAUAAAAGAAAUGCGGACAUCAGUUGUGUUGCUAGGAGACAUACUGCUAUGCAGACUUUGUGCCUUCAUCCACAUUGUUUUAUACCUUCAAAGCUUGAUUGUCUUUAAAUCUUCAUUUGUAUAUAUUGAAAAUAAAUAUAUCAGAAACGGUCUUA